AUGCUGCAGAAGCAAAAAUGGACUUGGCAGAAGACGAAAUGCUUGGGCGGCCAUGAAGAGAUGAUGUUGGGAGAAGAUCUUGGCCCUGAGGAUGGCACCAGACGGGUUAAAAAGCCAUCCAUCCACCCAGCGUCUGGUCUGGCCCCGGCCAACAGGAAGGAGCAACAACUGUGUCGAUUCUUGCUGGGGUUCCGCCGCAAGGAAGCAACCACGCAUCCAGCAUGGAUGACAACGCGGCUGGCGCACAGAGAAGCUGCCACGCCCGUCAGCACAUUCUGCUGCCCCAACCCGGGCACGCACCGACAACCCUGUGUGGUUGCCCAACCUUGGAAGCCGGCAGACCUUCCGCCGCAGCCAGUGGCGUCAAGUCGCCGGGCAUGGAAGGAGGGUGGUACCGAGCCUGGUGGACAACGGCACGUCGAGAAGAAAGGCACAGUAAAGCCCAUGGAGAUGGAGGAGCCAGGCCCGGAGAAGUUGAUGUGCACUGGUGGAGAAGGUAGCACGUCCAUGAUAUCACGACAGCGUUCUAGACCCACUGAGCCGGAGCUGUUCGAUGCCGCCAAGCCCUCCUCCCUCUUGGGUCCACCCCGAGCUAUCCGCCCUGGGCCGGUUCCUCCUUGA